AUGGCUCUAGACCCUCAUUCGGCUGCACAGCCUCCCAGGCAACCACCCUCCCACAAGCGCAAGCAGUCCGCAGCCACCUCUGCCCUCACCAACCCUCCUCCUCCUCCCUACAAGGCGCCCCGCCUCGACCGACCCGCGCCCGACAUGAUUGUCCCGCCGGCAAUGGGCAUCUUCACCCGCGACUCGUCCCGGCCCACUUUCGCAUCCACCCCAUCCGGCACCAAACCGCCCCUCUUCUCCUAUGAAGCCAUCACCGCAGCUCCACAGCCACCGCCGCACUCGGCCAGCCGAUCGCCGAACACCGCUGCUGCCGGCCCUCUGCACGAUGCCACCGAGGCCGACACCACCGGCGACGCCGACAACGACCCAGACGACGACCAGGGCACCGUCGACGAAGAUGCCGGGGUCAUCAGGUGCAUAUGCGACUGCGACGACGACGACGGCUUCACCAUCCAGUGCGACCGCUGCCUCGUCUGGCAGCACUGCGCCUGCUUCGGCAUGUCCCAAGCCAGCGUACCCGACGAGUACCUCUGCGAGCAGUGCUCCCCCAGGCCCGUCGACGUCGCCUUCGCGCAGGCCAUCCAGCAGAAGCGCAAAAACGACGAGGCACGCAAGGCGCUGCUCCUCGACCGCAACAUCAAGCGCCAAACGCACAGUGCCAGCAUCAUUGCCACCACCUCGGCCGCCACCACCACCGCCUCCACCACCGCGGCGAUAGCGGCAGCCACGACGGUGAGCUCCUCGUCCGCCUCGGCCGCCGCAUUCGCUGCGUCCAACGGGCUGCGCGUCGACUUGGCCGGCCACCGGAGCGCGGCCGAUGCCGCGGCAUCAGACUUGCAGCAUCUACCAGAUCCCGGCAACGUUAGCAACGCGCGCGCGAGAAAGCCGAGCCAGGCCCUCGACCUCACCAACACUCAUUUUGUCGUCCCGGAGGUCCCGGCCAGCGGUGCGUCGGGCUCCGGCAGCGGCGGUGGCAGCGGCGGCAACGGCCGCAGCGGUGCCAAGCGCAAGGGGCAGAAAGGCGGGCGUUCCAGGAGCGGCGCUCCCGAGACGCCGCUAGCCCACACCCCGAACCGCGGCAUCCUGACGCCGAGCCUGCGUGACGACCGCCUCGAGGACCCCUUUGACGCCGCCGACAAGCUCGAAGCCUGGCAUGUCGACCCGCUGCGGGCGAUGCCGGGCCACGGCGGCAAGCUCGUCGUCCCGGUCCAGCGUGCGGCGGUCCGGCGGCGAAUGCAGUCCGCCGCCGCCGCCGCCGCCGCUCGGAUUGCAGCAGGGGGGAACGCGGAAGAAGCGCCCAAUUCGCUGGCCGAGGAGGAUGCCGCGGGCAGCGCCGUCGAGGACCACAAGUCGCGGCCGCCUGCCCGUCAGCCCUCGGCGGAUCCGCUCGCCGACCUCGACUACGCCGAGCUGGGUCUGGCCGCGGUCGGCAACGAGUGUAUGCCGAUCGACAUGCGGGGGCCUUCGCUGGCAGCGCUUUCGGCGAGGACGUACGUCAAACACAUCUCCGAGACCGCCUCGGCCGGCGUCUUCAGCAACGUACUGCAGGCCAGUCACCCGGCCGACGAGCCGCAGCGGGUCUGGAACGCCUCGAGGUCGUUCUCGCGCCCCGUCAUGCACGGCCUCUUCGCCGAGGCUCCCAUCCCGGCAGGCGCGUUCAUCUGCGAGUACCGCGGCGAGCUCUACAGCGCCGACGCCUACCGCCGGGAUCCGAUCAACCAGUACGCCGCGCUCGGCGCUGUCAAACCCCACGUCCACCUGCUGCCGCACCCGCUCAACCUUGCCAUCGACGCACGCCGCUUUGGCAACGAGGCCCGCUUCGCCCGCUUCAGCUGUCAUCCCAACGCCGUGCUGCGGCCCAUCCUUUUCCGGCGGCGGCCGACCUCUGCUGCGACCGCCGCCGCAGGUCUCCGCUCGCAGGACAGGUCGCGCUCGCCGACGCCCUCUGCGGCCAAAUCCCUUGCAUCUGCGGCGACGGCGGCGUCGACCGCAACCGACCCGGCCGUCGCAUCCAGCGUCGAUGCCGCCGCUGCCGCUGCUGCCGACGUCGAGGCCGAGGUCGACAAGAGCGGCGACGAGCCCGAGCUCCUGUUCGGCCUGUUCGCCCUAACCGACAUCGCCCGCACCCACGAGAUCACGCUGGGCUGGGAGUGGGACGACGCACACAUCGUCCACUUCCUGCCGGAGCUCGUGCAGAACCCGUUUAUGGAACCGCGCGAGUCGCGCUCGCCCGGCGGCACGCCUCGUUCGACGUUCGACGCCGAGCGCCACACGGCCAACAUGGUGGCCAUCGCCGAGCGCGGCGAGUUCCCUUACGCCUCGACCGAGUUCUCGGUCAAGAUGAACGCCGUUGCCACAGCGCUCCUAGGCUGCGUGCUCUGCGCGUGCAUCGGCUCGGCCGCGGCGCCUGGCGGAGGCGGCGGAAGCGCCAGCGCCAACAAUGCGCGGAAGCAGGACUGCGCCGUCGCACAGAUGCUGCGCGUAGGCAACGGCAUGUCGCUCCUCAACGUCGUGAUGCCUGGCAAGACGAAUCGACGCGCCAAGCUGCCAGACUUCGCGCCUCUGGUCGGCAUCCGACGCUCCUGGCGCCAACCGAGUUUGCCGCCCACGCCCGCCAGCUCGACCAAGGAAGGCCGAAGCCCGGGUGCCCCUUGCGGCGGCGGCGACGACGAGUCCCUCGCCGUCAACGAUGGAAUGGGCGGGCAGCCGACUGCCGAGGAGCUUCUGCUGUUGAGCACUAGCGGUACCCCACUGAACGCGGCCGAGAUGGAGGAUGUUCCCGUGGCUUGCGGCCAGGCUGACGAAUCCUCAGCCCGGGCCGAUUCUCCAGCUGCCGCAGCAUCCCCAAGCGUCACCGUCGACAGACUAGACCACGCGGAAGCAGGCUCGACGGCCGAAGCCGACGAGCGACCUAUCGACUUGAAAGACGACCCGGUCCAGUCGGCAGACGACACCGAGAUGGUCCCUCCGCCGCUCGAUGACGCAGAUGCCACCGACUCGGACGCAUCGUCCCUCACCGACCCGCUCUCCCUCGCUCUGAGUGGCGACGAGGACAGUGCGGAUGAGGACGACCCGGACCUCCGACGAGCUCUGCGAUUCGCCGAUCAGGGAGCCGCAGAUGAUGAAGGCGACAUUGACAUGCGGCCGCGGUCGGGCGACGAGUCUUUGGUCGACUCUGGCGUCUUUGUCCUGCCGCUCAAGAAGCGCGUGACUCGCACGCGCAUCAAGGCCGCCCUUUCGCCGAGCGAGUCGGAAACCGACGCGGAGGAUCGUGCCCGGUCGAGGCCCGACAAGCCGGAGAGUGGCACGCGGUUGGGCGCCGGUGCGGGAGGGCAGAAGCGCAAGGCCAAAUCCCGACUGUCUCGAGUCAGCCUGCAAGGUGCCAGCGACGAUGAGCCGCCGCCGGCACCGCGCCCCUCGAAGAAGCGCAGAAAGGCCGGCAACACGGUCGAUCCGAGCUCGCCGCUGUCGUCGAUCCCAUCGCCGGGAUCGCGCUACUCGAGCCUUAGCCCUCCGCCGCCCGUCGCCCUCUCCGACCGCGAUGACGACGAUGACGACGACGACGACGACGACGACAGCUCCGACGCCUCAGAUUCGGACGCGAGCGUGAGUCGCGGCGCUGCCUCGAGGCGCGCGACAGCAAAACUGCUUGCCAAGAGCAAGCGCUCCGCCCGGUCGCGACCACAGCGCGGCCGACGAGGGUCCGACGCGAAACCCGAGGAGACAGCCUCGGUGCGAAGAAAGAAGGCCAAGGCUCGGCUGCUUAGAGACUCGAUCGCCGACAUGGGCGAUCCGGAGAGCUCUGACGACGACGAUGCAGAAGCUGCCGAGCGCAACACGACAGCGUCUCCGACUCCGCCGGUCAAGGUCACGCCCUUGACGCCACCCAAGAAGGCGGCAAGACCACGCAAGUCUGCCAAGCGAUCCGCCGAGCCCGCCGCCAAGGCAUCGCGGAGGGAGGUCGCUGCCGCCGCCCAGAAGACGAAGAAGAACCGGCGGGUCGUGUCCGACACCGAGAGCGAGGCCAGCGACGCGGAUCGGACGCCGAAGCCAUCGUCCAAGGCUAGAGCCGCCCCCGUCGUUGAUACGCCAAUCAAGGCGGAUCCCGACGCGCCCGCCACCGUACCCUCCCCACCAUCGCCCGCGCCGCCCGUCCCGAAGCAACAGGAUCAGACCGAUACGGCAGAUGACCCUGCAGAUGCCGCGCCUUGCGCGGUCAAAGAGGACGCUGUUGGUGGCGGACCCGAACCGGCUACGUCAGGCACCAUCGCAGUGAAGACGGCUCAGACGGAUCCUGCUCAUGCCGAGGAGGCAUCGAAAGAAGCGCCGGCCCCGCCCGCCCCUCCGGUGGUCAAAGAGGAGCCUCGCGUCAAGCUUUCGCUCGCCGAGUACAAGAAGCGGCUGGCCGAGCGCCGGAACUCGUCGCAGGUGAGCCAGGUCAAGUCUUCGCCUCCCGCGACGCCUUCAGCCUCGACCUCGGAGAAUGCCAGUGCGCCGGCCCCGACCCUCGGCGAAGGCAACGCCGCCGCCGCCACGCCGACUGCCGAACAGAAGCCGGCCAGCAGCACGGGCUCAGGUAUAGCCCCACGGCCAGAUGCCGCACCAGUCGACGGCAUCAGCAGGCUUGUCGGCACGCCAGCCGCAGCAACGGCAUCGCCUAAACGGCCGUCGACGCCUCCGCGGCCGUCCUCUUUUUCAUCGCUCGCUGCUCCAACGGCGAUCCGCGCAGUCGAGAUCCCCAUGUCUCCAAGCAUCGGCUCUCCAGCAUCCUCGGACGCAGCACGGCAGAACGGCUCCAUCGAGGAGGCUCGGCCGCAGCAGCCGGCCACCGACGUCCGAUCGCUCCGCACCUCGCUUCCGCCACAGAGGUCAGCACCGGCAGCCGACGGCGCAGACGGUCCCGUCCGAAUCGAUGCGCCGCCGCCGCCAAAGACGCCGCCGAUGAAACGAGCCACCUUGCCUGCCACCACGGACGGCGCCGACGCCUCUCGACCGUCGGUCGCGUCGGCCAGCUUCUCCGGCGCUGGCGCACCGAUCUUGACAUCGCGCAUCGAUCUGGAGGGACAGGCUGGAUCCAAUGGGGAAGACAUAUCUGCCGGUCGGAUGGCGAGACCUGCGCCUGCAGGCUUCCAGCCCAUCGCGGUUCGCCCGGGCGCCAUCUCUGCUCAGGCUGGUGGAGGAACGGCUACCUCUGGCUCCUGGACAGCGAUCGGAAACGGCGGCGGCAGCACUGCCAGCGCGCGUUCCGGCUUCGCACCGAUCGGCACAGGAUCGAACGCGACCACGGCAGCACCGCCGGCGGGGUCUCCACCACAGCAGCAGCAGCAGCCCCUUGGCUUCGGGCGACCUGCCAUGCAUCCGGCCACCGUGACUGGCGCAAACGCAGUCGGUCCAUCGCUCGGCGCCGGGAACGUGGUACACGGCCGCUCGCUCUCGGUUUCGUCGUCGUCGUCGUCGUCAGGCGGAGGCGCUCACCGGCAGAUGCCGCCUUCGCCGGGGUUCAACCCGCCGAGGGCGCGGGCCUUCCUGAGCUCUGCCGCUCCGGCCUCGGGCAACCCGUCCUUGCCUGGCGCAUCUCCGACGCUGGCGGCAGUGGGCUCCAGCGCCGCCACGACGGCAGCAUCGGGACCUCCGCCUCCCGUCAGGCCGCCUCCGAUCAUCUCGGGCGCCAAUGCCAUCCCUGCUGGACCGCCAGGCGUUGGACAGUCUGCAACGUCGGGCCUGUCGAUGGCCGCCGCUGGCGCGCCGCGACACGCCACGGCGAGCAUGAGCCCGCCGUCGCCUGCUCUGUCGCUGCACAGCGUGUCGAACGCCAGCCUGCGCGACUUUGCCGGCGUGCCCACAGGGCCGGCCAGCAUGCGGGACCGCGACGGGCGUUCGGACAAGUCGGACCGCGAGUGGGAGCGCGACGCCUGGUCCGAGGCGCGCGGCGAGCGGACGGCCGACUGGGCUACUCGACCGGACCGACUGGAACGCGAUCGCGAGCGGGAGCGGGAGCGCGACCGCGACUGGGAUCGCGAGAGGGAGCCGCGCGAGCCGCUGCCCUUCCGUUCUGGAUCCUUUGACGAUCCCGGCGCCGACCGGCUCGAGCACGGGCUGCCUCAUCCGCCGCCGUUCAGCCUCGGCGCCAGCCUUGGCGGCGGCGGUGUCGGUGGCGGUAUGGGCCCCAGAGGUGGUCGCGGCGGGCGUGGCGGCGGCAUGGCGGCUCGUGGAGAAGGCCGAGACUACCUCGACGACGGCCCGCCGAUGGUGGAAAAGGGGAAAAGUGGGUGUUCGACCAGCGAUCACCCCGCCAAAACUCGCACCGAUGCCAAGGCCGAGGUCGAGGUCGCCUCGACGCGACGCGACGGAUAUGUAACCCCUCAUUUCGUGCCGUUGCGCCCUGCUCCGCCCCGCCUCGACGUGGCGCCUCUGUACCUCACCUCUGUACUCUAA